AGCCGACGCGGGGCUUGGUUCUGGCUGGAAGGCCUGCAGCGCCGGUCGUGGGAGAUUGGUAUGUUUCAUGUAUUUUGGAAAAUAUUCUCUGACAAUAGCAAAAGAAAGGGUCAACUCUUCUAGGACAGCUUGUGAGAAAAUAAUUAUCCUACUUGGGAUUAGAAGACCAGCUCAUUCUUAGACUUCAAAAAACAAAAUUAGAAUGGAUUGGGGAGAAGAAUAUCCCCAUAAUUCUUUUGACCUACACUGCUUGUUAAAUUCAUUUCCUGGAGAUUUGGAGUUUGAGCAGAUCUUCAGUGACCUUGAUGAAAAGAUGGAACAAAAUGCUGCAAGCAUAAAACUUUGCAUUAAAGAAAUACAGUCUGAAGUUAACAAGCAAUGCCCAGAUGUGCAGCUGCAAACAACUACUGACUGCUUUGAGUGGCUAAAUAACUAUAAAUAUAAUUCAUCAAAGUCACCUUCUAUUCCCCAUGGAGAUUUGAUAGAAUUCCUCAAAACACUGCAAGAUUUCUUGAAGAAUGAACAAAAUCAAGAAGAAAUGAUAUUGGAUUUACUUUGGAACCUUUCCUGCCAGAGAAGCACUUCUUUCCCAUCAACUCUGAGUGGAAUAUCAUUCCAUUUCCUUUCUACCACUUGCCUUCAUUCUGUUGAAGAUCAUUCCUCUAUGGAUGUAAAGUCUAUAUGGGAUGAUAUAAGACUACAUCUUCGACGUUUCUUAGUGAAAAAAUUACAAAGCCAUAAUGAAAUAAACAAUUCACAGCAAAAAAUUUUGUUGAAAAAUCAGUGCAUACAACAACUCUUGUUUCUUUACCCUGAAUCAGAAGUAAUAAGCAAGUACCAAAACAUACAGAAUAAACUGUUGGCUAAACCUCUGCAGAACUGCUUUGCUUACAGCAAAGAAUCAAAUUUAGACAUAAUGCUUCAUGGAUAUCAAACUACAAUGCCUAAGUUAUACUCAAUGAUAAAAGAGGAUUUUAACACACUGGGUGAAAUUUUAGCCCCAUCAUCAACAGCGAAAUUCAUUAAAGAAACUUACCUGGAUACUAUUACUGAAGAAAUGGCAAAUUUUUUGUCAAAUUUUUGGGAGCUACAGUUCAAAGAAAGUACUGUCCAUGUGAUUAAAACAAGCAAGAGCUCCAGCAAGCAUAGAAGAGCAGUGCAUGCUUUGGGUUAGUGAUAUUUUAAAUUUCUGUUUGUUUUAAAUCAAGCCUUUUGAUACCUUUAAUUUCCUAGCAAUUUUUUAGUUAGCUAAUCUAACCGCAAACUUAAAAAUAAAUCAGUAAGUAAAUGAAUGGAAAUUUCCAUUAUAUAUUUCUUUCAUGCCUUCUAAUAGUAAUGGAAGCAUUUUAUUUCCUGUUAUUUAAAUUAUUAAAGAGAUUGGAAGU